AAGGAAAAGACCUGCAAACUUGACUGGAAAGUUUACCUCUCCGGUACCUCAGGCAAAGGAAAGUUUUUAAAAAGCCUCAGGCGUUCCCCCUCCUUCCCCCAAGGGGUGCUCAACUGCUUAAAUCCCGGCAAUGAAGGGGAGGAGUUAAACCGAGUCCCUCCCCUUCUCCCGGGAACUUUUACCAUUCCAAACGCGAUCCAGGCUAGCGUUGGAACGGCAGGGAGUAGCUGCACGCCCCGAACUUUCCCCAUGGUUUCGGUGACCAGAACCGCGUUUGGAGAGCUGCCCUCGGGGGGAGGGACGGUGGAGAAGUUCCAGCUUCGGUCAGACCAGCUGAGUGUGGACAUCAUCUCCUGGGGCUGCACGAUCACUGCUCUGCAUGUCAAAGACAGGCAGGGAAAAGCCUCAGACGUGGUGCUCGGCUUUGCCGAGUUGGAAGGUUACCUCCAGAAGCAGCCCUACUUUGGAGCCGUGGUUGGGAGGGUAGCCAACCGAAUUGCCAAAGGAAGAUUCGCAGUGGAUGGGAAGGAGUACCACCUGCCCAUCAACAGGGAGCCCAACAGUCUCCAUGGAGGAUUCAGAGGGUUUGAUAAGGUCCUCUGGACCCCUCAGGUGUUGUCCAACGGCGUCCAGUUCUCUCGAGUCAGCCCAGAUGGUGAGGAAGGCUACCCUGGAGAGCUGAAAGUCUGGGUGACAUAUACCCUGGAUGGUGGGGAGCUUGUAAUCAACUACAGAGCACAGGCCAGCCAGACCACACCGGUUAAUCUGACCAACCAUUCUUAUUUCAACCUAGCAGGCCAGGGCUCCCCAAAUAUAUAUGACCAUGAAGUCACCAUUGCAGCCGACGCCUAUUUGCCUGUGGAUGACACCCUGAUUCCUACAGGAGUCAUUGCUCCAGUAGAAGGAACUGCAUUCGAUCUGAGAAAGCCAGUGGAGCUGGGGAAACACCUGCAGGAUCAUCACAUCCAUGGUUUCGACCACAAUUUCUGUCUGAAGGGAUCGAAAGAAAAGCAUUUUUGUGCAAGGGUGCGCCAUGCCGGAAGUGGCCGGAUCCUGGAAGUCUACACCACCCAACCCGGCGUCCAGUUCUACACCGGCAACUUCCUGGAUGGCACUCUGAGGGGCAAGGGUGGAGCGGUCUAUCCCAAGCACUCCGGUUUCUGCCUGGAGACCCAGAACUGGCCUGACGCAGUCAACCAGCCCCAGUUCCCUCCUGUGCUGCUGGGACCUGGAGAGGAGUACAACCAUACCACCUGGUUCAAGUUCUCUGUGGCUUAAAGAAGACUGGAGAUGCGACCUGGUUCGGGCCAGGCUGGGUCCCCACUAGGCCGCCUCCUAUCCCGGUGAAGACUUGGAAGCUUUAGAAGUGAUCCUGCGUGUUGCCAUGCAAACGGAAGCUGCCGUAAUACAAUCAGCUUGUAUACUGAUUUCCUUUCCCAACGCCUGGCUUCAGGCCGUGUCUAAUGACCAGCUCUGUCCUCUGUCCAGGUCAGAGGACAAAUUAACUCUACUAACCAAUGCCAUCGUCUAAGGCCUGACCCGAGUGGAGAAGUGGUCCUCGGGACUCUGAUGCUUAUUACAGGCUCCAUCUCUCCACCCUGGCUCCAUCUUGUCUAUUCUCUUUAAGCCUUCCUUUCUUUGAUGGAACUCUGUUUUUCUUUCUCCUUCUUUACCUCAGACUACCCUCCAGAAGUUAGUAUAACUUGAGUUCAAGCUAUGAGAAUUCAUCUCCUCUGUACCUCUCUCUACCUCAGUCUGCCUAAACAUUCCCAGGGUCACUGAAGGACAGCAGGGGUUUGGACCCUACUCCAUCAGAGCCUUUCUUCUCAGAUUUACGUGAGGAGCAUCAGAGAUGACCCAGUAGUGAAGAGCACACACUGCUCUUGCAGAGGGCCAGUUUAGUUCCCAGCACCCAUACCAGGCUCACAACUGCCUAUAACUCUAGCUCCAGGGGAUUGAGUGCCCUCUUCUGGCCUGCAUGAGUACCCACACUCAUGUGCGCAUACAC